ACAAAUUCUACACAAAAAAAAUAUGUUGUAUAAAAACAUACGCGAAGAAAAAUUAUGUUUGAAAACGUUUGUUACAUUUCGAGUUGAAAUUGUGAUAUCUGUAGAAAUAUAGUUUAUCAUUCGAAAUGUUGUCAAUGGUCCCUGUAUCCUUACUAUAUAAUUAUAGAAAUGGUUACAAAAACUAUUAUACAAUUUAAUACGAGAAUCUACUACACUUAGAACUUAUCUUUGCUGAUUACUAAAGUGUUGGUAACUGAGGUUUUCAAGUGUGGCCACAAGGUUAUUUGAAGGUGAACAUACAUGACUUUCAUUAUGGCUAAAGCAGACAUUGCCCUUAUUGGGCUAGCAGUUAUGGGACAAAAUUUGAUUCUGAACAUGGACAGCAAGGGAUUUAUUGUAUGUGCUUUCAAUAGAACUGUAGCCAAGGUGGAAGAAUUCCUCAAAAAUGAAGCCAAGGGGACUAAAAUUAUUGGGGCAACCUCACUGGAAGACAUGGUGGCCAAACUCAAGAAACCAAGAAAAGUUAUGUUACUUGUAAAAGCUGGAUCAGCCGUUGAUGAGUUUGUUCGAAAGCUAAUUCCUCUUCUUGACAAAGGUGACAUUAUUAUUGAUGGUGGCAACUCACAGUAUAUAGACACACAGCGUUGGUGCAAAGAACUUGCCUCAUCUGGCAUCCUUUAUAUGGGAAUGGGUGUAAGUGGUGGUGAAGAUGGGGCUCGAUAUGGACCUUCUCUUAUGCCUGGAGGCCACACUGCUGCUUGGCCCCAUGUUAAACCAAUAUUCCAGGCCAUAUGCGCGAAAGCCAAUAAUGAGCCAUGUUGUGAUUGGGUGGGUGAAGACGGUGCUGGACAUUUCGUCAAAAUGGUCCACAAUGGUAUCGAGUAUGGUGACAUGCAGCUUAUUUGUGAAGCUUACAACCUGAUGAAAGAUGUCCUAGGUAUGGAGCAAGGCGAAAUGGCUGAGGUAUUUGAAGAAUGGAACAAAGGAGAGUUAGAUUCAUUCCUUAUUGAGAUAUCAAGAGAUAUCUUAAAAUUCAAGGAUUCGGAUGGUAAAUAUUUACUGCCGAAGAUUCGUGACACAGCAGGACAGAAGGGUACAGGAAAGUGGACAGGUAUUGCUGCCUUAGAGUAUGGUGUACCUGUCACUCUCAUUGGCGAGGCAGUGUUCGCUCGCUGUCUUUCUGCUCUUAAAGAUGAGAGAGUUAAGGCAAGCAAGGUGUUGCCUGGUUCUGCUACCAAAUUCAGCGGAGAUAAGAAGCAGUUCCUGGAACAUCUGCGUAAAGCUCUUUAUGCCAGCAAGUUAAUAUCGUACGCGCAAGGCUUUAUGCUACUCCGUGAGGCAGCCAAGGCGAAUCAAUGGAACUUAAACUACGGCAGCAUAGCUCUCAUGUGGCGUGGUGGCUGUAUUAUCAGAAGCGCGUUCCUUGGCAACAUCAAGGAAGCAUUCACGAAGAACCCUCAGCUGACAAACCUGCUGUUGGACCCAUACUUCUGUGAGCGCAUCAGUGCUUCCCAGCAAUCUCUGCGGCAGGUGGUAGCACAGACGGCACUCGUCGGUGUUCCUGCGCCGGCUUUCUCCGCUGCGCUCGCCUUCUAUGACGGCUACAGAUCUGCUGUACUCCCAGCUAAUAUGCUCCAGGCUCAAAGGGAUUAUUUCGGUGCGCACACUUACGAGCUUGUUACUAAACCAGGAGAAUUCGUACACACAAAUUGGACUGGCCACGGCGGCAACGUGUCUGCUUCAACAUACAAUAACUAAAUUGUUUUAUUUUUACAAAUGAAGCAUAGGGACCAUUAUAAAUAUUAUACAAAAGUGCAUUUGUUGACCACUUUGGUGUAAUGUGGGUAAAAUUUGUUAAUUAAGUUAUGUUUUUCUAUGCUACAAUCGCUUAUAUGUAACGUAUAUAAGGUGGCUGGGAUAUGCAACGCAUUCGGUCACAUUUGUACAAUACGGUGCUAGAGCAUCUUAUU